AUGGACAAACUUAUCGCCUUCAGCAACAAAACAGAAGGCAGAGAUAAAUUUUGCAAGGUCGUGCAAUAUGGAAGCAGAAUGUUAAAGGCUAUGCUCGCCCAUCCAGGAACUAAAGAAAGGCUUCAAGGUCUUUUCGCAGCAAGCAGAGAUGCUAGAAAAAUUUUCCGUCUUUGGAAAAGUGUCCAUGAAUAUGAUUCUAUGGUUAAACUUCUUCAAAAUGCUGGAUUAGAUAAUACUCAGCGUGCCCUUCAAUUUUUAUCUCGUUUGGCUUUCUUUUUCUAUUGACUUUUUGAUAACUUACUCUUCUGUACUAUUUUAAAAUAAUUAAUGAUUUUUGUCUGCUUAAAAUGUAUUGAAUAUUUUUAUAAUAUAAUAAUUUAAUUUUUACUUAUAGCUCGCUUCAUGAAAUAGCUCUGUAGAGAACAGAGCUAUUGUAGGGUACGAGCAAUAUAAUAGUUAUUAUUUUUAUAAUAAAAAAAUUCGCAAAAUAAACGUUUUUAAAUUAGAUUUAAGCUGCGUAUUUUAGUUUCCACUACCUAAACACCAUGCGCUCCACGGUUUAACUUGAGCCCGGCCGAAACCCCGGUUCUCGGUAGAGGCAUUUCCCUUCCAAAUCAUACGAACUUUGCAGGAAACCUCCAUUUCCAAAUCAACAGCUUACCUAACCCUUAUUAGCUUAGGCCAGGCCGCCCCUGCUAUAGGACCCUUUUCAAUUUGAGAGAUUGCAGCCCUUGAGUGUUGCCUAGCCUGUCUUCCUUUUUGCCCUAGUUCAGCGCAAAAGGAAAAACUCAACCGCUUAUACGAUUCGGGAGAGGCCACGAAGCAGCCUAGGCAGGCAGGCAGGCAGGCUAUCCUACCUCCAUCAGGUAUCCAACCUGGGCUUGGCACUGAUGUCAAAAAAUGCAAAAAACUUCCAUCCAAGCGGAAAUAGUGCUAGGUUUCUCGCUUUGUGGCUAACCUAACCCUUUGGCAGCUUCUUGCACCAUUAAACACGUCUGAUAUAAUAAGAGCAUCCACCACUAGGGGACGGGUCGCCAUUUUAUGUAUAUAAUAAACAUUUUUAAUAAAUAAUUUUACAAACGUCAACAAGGUUAGCAAUUUUAUCCCAAAUCAAAUUCAUAAAGAGAAACACUCCAAAAUUGACGAAAUCAGCUAUGACCUGCUGGUUCAUUGCUUUAGUUUUUACUUUAAUCAACCUUCUAAGAAACUUAGCUAUAAACCUCUCUAGAGACGCAAAAUUCAAGCUGCCAUCAACUGACCAAAAUGCUGCUACAACUAAACAGACACUUGAUGCAUUAAAAGGUGCAAGAAGUCAAAUUUAUAUUAAUCUUGUAAAGACCCUAGGAGACAUGAUUCCUGCUGCUUCAGGGGCACAAGUUCCAAUGAAAAUUUUAGGAAAAAAUUUCUCAGAAAAAUGGAUUGGCUUUGGUGGACUUGUUUCAGCCUUAAUUUCAUGCUAUCAGGCUUGGCCUUAA